AUGCCUCCCAAGAAGAAGGUCGAGCGCGCCGCCACCGAGAACAUCUCCCUCGGCCCUCAGGUGCGAGAAGGUGAACUCGUCUUUGGCGUUGCCCGCAUCUUCGCCUCCUUCAACGAUACCUUCGUCCAUGUUACCGAUCUCUCUGGCCGCGAAACCAUUUGCCGUGUUACAGGAGGCAUGAAAGUCAAGGCCGACCGUGACGAGUCAUCUCCCUACGCUGCCAUGUUGGCAGCUCAAGACGUUGCUCAGCGAUGCAAGGAACUCGGCAUCACCGCUCUUCACAUCAAGAUCCGGGCUACUGGAGGAAACGGCACAAAAACCCCAGGCCCUGGUGCUCAAUCGGCUCUGCGUGCAUUGGCUCGCUCGGGUAUGAGAAUCGGAAGAAUCGAGGAUGUUACUCCCACGCCAUCCGACAGCACGAGACGCAAGGGCGGUCGUCGCGGUCGUCGUCUGUGA